GCGUCACCCACCCUUUUACAAGCAAAUUUGCAAAGUCGUUGCACUUGCUACUUCACUUGGGUUGACUCACUCUCUCUUCAACCAACGCGCCAAUUUUCUAUUUCUCUCUCUAAAACGCACAAAUGACGACGUCUCCCUAUCCUCCCCGCCGCCGAUCCGACUCCCACCACCGGACCACGCCCACCAGACCACCCCUCUCUCCCAGCUACGCCUCCUCCGAGUUCAGCACCUCCUCCGCCGAGACCCGCCGCAACCCCGUCACUACUGCCGCCAGGUCCUUCGCCGGGAUAUUCUCCGCCUGCUUCGCCCCGCCGGAGACCGACACCUCCAAGACCCUCGGGGAUUCCGAGGAGUUCAAGUCUUCAUCCACUGUAUCGAAUUCUUCAAGAACUAGUAGUCAGAGAGGGCGUGGCUCAAAUCGAGGUACCAGCAUCAGUUCACUCAACUUAGUCCCGGAGAAAGAGCCUGGCAUUGUGAAGUUCACCAUGGAGGAAAUCUUCCAAGUCACAAGAAACUUCUCCCCUUCUUUCAAGAUUGGCCAAGGUGGUUUUGGAGCUGUCUACAAGGCCAAACUCCUCGAUGGGACUGUUGUUGCAGUAAAGCGUGCUAAGAAGAGUGUGUAUGAGAAACAUUUGGGAGUGGAGUUCCAGAGUGAGAUCCAAACACUAUCACGGGUGGAACAUUUGAACUUGGUCAAGUUCUUUGGCUAUUUGGAGCAAGGGGAUGAAAGGAUUGUUGUUGUGGAGUAUGUUCCAAAUGGAACCCUUAGAGAGCAUUUGGAUGGCAUUCAUGGAACCGUUCUGGACCUUGCUUCUCGUCUAGAUAUAGCAAUUGAUGUUUCUCAUGCUAUCACCUAUCUUCAUAUGUAUAUAGAUCAUCCUAUCAUUCAUAGAGACAUAAAAUCUUCAAACAUUCUUCUGACCGAACAUCUUCGAGCUAAGGUAGCAGACUUUGGUUUUGCUAGACAAGCCCCUGACAGUGACUCUGGCAUGACACAUGUUUCCACUCAAGUCAAAGGAACAGCUGGUUACUUGGACCCUGAAUACCUGAAAACUUAUCAACUAACUGAAAAGAGUGACGUGUAUUCAUUUGGAGUUUUGCUUGUUGAACUUGUCACAGGUAGACGCCCCAUCGAACCAAAAUUUGAACUCAAGGAGCGAAUCACAGCAAAAUGGGCUAUGAAGAGGUUCAUUGAUGGAGAUGCUAUCUCGGUGUUGGACCCAAGACUAGAUCAAACUGCUGCAAAUUCUUUGGCACUGCAAAAGAUUCUUGAGCUAGCCUUACAGUGUUUGGCUCCACGUAGACAAAGCAGACCUUCUAUGAAGAGAUGUGCCGAGAUCCUUUGGGCCAUCCGCAAGGAUUUCAGAGAGCUAGCAGCUUCAAACCUUCGCUCAUUUUCCACUACUUCCCAAAGGAGCACCUCAGUGAGAGAGUGAGAAGGCUAAAGUUGCAUCAAAGAAUGAAAGUUAGAAGAAACAAAGCAUAGCCAAGGGAAAGAAAAAACGAUUCUAUAUAAUGAUAGGCAACUUUGGCACCUAGGAAUGUGGUUGAUGUUGGACUAGGGUGGUAGUGAGUGACAUGGAGAAAUUCAUAUUUGUGGAAAUUGUACAUGAGAGUUUUGGCUUGUGUAUAGGAAUGGGGGAGCAUACUUCCCUCUGCUUUCCUUAAUGUGCAUUUCUUUUUCUUCUUGGGACACACAAAUAGGAAAACUUGUAUUAUAUUGAUUGGAAACUUGAUUGAUUGGUAUUUCUAUGGUAUAAUAUUCCAUUUGAGGUUAAAUA